GCAGCGGGCUCAGAUAUGCUCACAGAGCACCCCCUGCUGUCCGAGCCCUCCUCCGUCAGCUUCUACAACUGGAUGUCUCACGCUGUGGGCAGCAGAGGAGGGCACGCGCAGGACUCACCCGCCACCAGGUGGCAGCACAACAGCACACACACCGGUGUCACAUGCAAUCUCCCCACCAUCCCGUCGGCGUCGGACUUCAACACGGUGCUCUCCAGCGACCAGAACACGCUGGACGGCACACCAUCGCAGCACAGCAGCAGCCAGGAUGAGGCCGCCGACGCUGAGGAAGGCAACCAGUGCCCUGCCGCUGUGCAGCUGGCUGACGCGCAG